AUGGGACUAGUAGGUGAUGAUGUGGUGGUUGCGGCGGUGGCAGAGAAGGGUGAUGACCUUUAUUUCUUAGAGCUCGAGCUCGAGCUCGCUUUGCUUGUUUUGAGUUAUGGGAAGCUGGUGAGGGUGGCGGUGGUAAGGGGGCGAGUAACUGUUGAGACUCUGACUCUGACUCCCACUGUGGCUGCGACUGUGAUUGGGAUUUCGACUCUGAUUGUGAUUCCGGGUGCGGUGGAAGAGAGAGAAGAGAGGAAUAGAAAUGUCGUAUUGGAUUUAAGGUUGAGAAAUUGGCGUGCGGUGGGCUUGAAGAUGGAGAUAGAGAUAGAGACGGAGACGGAGACGAAGACGAAGACGAAGAUUGAGAGAUGA